UAGAUCUACCAUGUUUAUACUGUUAUUAGUGUUAUAGACUAGAUCUCUAGAAUAAUUAAAAUUAAAUCUAAUAAUAACUACUCAACUACUGAACUAGACUCGUGUGGAGGUCAAACCAUACAAUGGAUGAAUGAUACAAUGCAUGAAUGCCAUGAUUCCAUGAUGAUGAUCUGAUGUGAUCAGAUGAUGAUCAUGAUGCAUCACCAGUCGUGACCACAGACCAGUGAAUUCAAGAUGAAGGUUGCUUCAAGCCAAAUGUUACAGAGGAGGACAGCUUCUAAUAAAAUGUUUGUGUAGGCCUUUGGCUUGACACCAUGUCAAAAUGAUAAUUCAAAUAUUCAUACUUGUAUACAGCCUUAUCAUUUGUCGUUUCCUGACAGUGGACUUCAUAUUAUAUCAGAAUAAAAGCUCUGACUUUGGUCUCCUUGAAAACAACUGGCUAAGGAGGCAGCGUCCAAUUUUGAAUGUUGUGAAGUCAUCCAAGACAGUUUCAGAGGAAGAAAAAUGUGUACUAUGGAACCAACCCAAGUUGGAACUAAAGGAGAAAUGUUGCAACUUGAAAAAAAACAUUGAGGAUAUAACACAAAUUAGUGAAAGACUUGCUGCACAAAGAAAUGCAUCACUUUGCUUAAAUAAUAGCACACAUGUUGGAAGUGAUGUAGAUCAACCAACAAAUUCUUAUUCUGUAAAUAAUUCAACUAAAACAAAUGAAUUGUCAUGCUCUGUCUACUCUUUUCUUCAGUUACCAUUUUUGUUUGACUUUUAUGCCAUUAGUCUUUUAAAUUGUUUCAUUAAAUUUUGCCACUGUACUUUUUUAUAUUUCAUAAAAAUAUUGCAGUUUUUGCUUGUCUUUGUAUUGGAUUUGGCUGGAAAAAUAGUAAGCAUAAAAGAAACAAGAUUUUCUUGUGAUGUCAGUGUGCGGAAAAUUAUUAUACAGUUGUCACUUUUAAACACUUGGUUACAUUUAAAGUCUUAUUAUGGUGUGAAAGUUUUAAGUACUAAAUGUUUUACAUCUGUAAAUAAAUCACUGCCUCAAAUACAUACUGCCAAGUUUAACAAAAAUUCUGAAGGCUAUAAACACAUUUUCUCAUCCUCCUUUUGGACAUCUUACUUGUUUGAUUGGUUACUGUAUCCAGUAUUUAGCUUGUCCAGACUUGCAUCAUUCAGGCCACUCACAACAUUGGAAAGUCCAGUUUCUUUCUUAAGUUUAUCAGAAGCAGGAUUCAGUUACUCGGGAGAUAAUUCCUUUAUUGUCUGCGAAGGGUGUGGUAAAAAAAAUGACUUUCGUCAGAUAGCAGGAGAUCCAAACAGUUGUGUUUAUCAUAAUCCUGGCUGUACAUUUGUUCGACAAGACGAGGUGGACAAUGGCCACAUUCAAACUGAUUCAUCACCUAGUUCCAUACCUUUGUUGAAUACAAACAACUCAUCUGAACACUUAGCUGCAAAUCAUGUACAAGAAAUUUCAUCUUUGGACACACAGCUUUCAAGAUUAGCAACUUCUGUUUCACUUGGUGAGCCUAACCGUGGACCACCUUCGAGCCUUUCUACAGCGAUCAAUUCAACUGUUAUAGGUGCUUCCAAUAUUCCCCAACAGACUGGUUCCUUACUGCUAGGACAUCCCUGUUACCCCAUCUAUAUCGCACUACAGAAAAGAUAUGAAAGUUUUAAUAAGUGGCCAAUACCUCAUAUUCAGAGCCCUAGAGACUUGGCUGUUGCUGGUUUUUUUUUUGCUGGUUAUGAUGACUGUGUCCGAUGUUACUAUUGUGGUCUGGGACUGAAGUCGUGGAAACUAGGGGAUGAUGUUUACACGGAGCAUGAGAAGCUGAGACCCUCUUGUGAGUUCCUCCAGAGCCAACGUUAUAUCAGCAGUACUGGACCAGCAAGAGAUGUGAGACCCAGAACCUCUUCAAGUCAGAAUGAAGCGCCUCAUGCUUCUGGCAGAGUUCCACCUUCUGUAAGGCAACCAAUUGGCGCCAGGACAUCAUCCAUACUUCAGGUAGACUCUGUCUUAACAGAUCAGUCUACACCAGAUGGAGCCACUGGUGGUAGAAAUGUACCAGACUUAGAAUGUGAUGGAGUGAGACCUGGCAUGACUGCUGUUCAAACUGAGGAAACUGACUCUGGUGCUAAUGCCACAGCUAGAGCAGUUGAUAAGAAUACCACCAAGUCUUUGCUAAAGAAGGAGAACAAAUACCUUCACCAGCUCCUGACUUGCAAGGUAUGUGAGCAAGCACCCAUCAAAGAUUUGUUCCUGCCCUGUGGUGACCUCUACGCCUGCACUGAUUGUGCUCAGAAAUUGAGUCAUUGCCCACUUUGCAAUAAGAAAAUAAUGGGAACAGUGACGGUCUACUUCUCUUAGUCUGUCCAAACACUUUGCAGUUGGAUUCGCUUGAUAUGGGCUCUUGGUUUUUCACACAGUGUUCUUGGUAGAGGCCCUCCCCCCCAUCUCUACUUCAUUGUCUGAGCUGCUAACCAGGGAAAUCAGGAACUGCUUCAUCUUAAUCUGAAGCUGGAUUUCAUAUGCUGAAGCCUUAAUUUUUAAACCUUUUUAUCACAAGCUUAAAUCUUUGCUAGUUGAAAAUUUAUUUCUAGAGUUCAUGAGUGGAUUUUAAAGCUUUGGUUGUUGAUGGCUAAGAAUUUGUGUCCCAUCACAUUACUAACACUUUUAAUUAUUCACAUUCCUAGGUUUUAAGUAAAUAAACUAUUCUAUCCUGGACCUUUUAGGUCUAGUUGACGUAAUGCCUUAGUAUUCUCAGUCCAGGGAGAAAAAUUUAAUCUGGUAGCUGGGUCUUUAAAAAGCUUGAUGAUAGCAGAGUAAAAGUCCAUUUUGAUGUCCCAAAAGAUCCUUAGUUAUUAGACUUUAUGAAAGAGAGCUUAUAAAACUAUUAACCUGUUCUAGUUUGAAAAAAAACAACUUCAUUUAUUUGGUGUUUUUUUUCAUUCAUUUGUACCAUUCUGAUGUCAUAUGCGGCUGUUGAUUGUCAAACCAUUUAUACUGCAUAAAAUAAAUGAAUUAAUUUUUUUCUAAGCAGGAAUAAUGACCCAAACUCUGUUAAACUGAAACUAAAUGUAUUAUUUUAAAUUAAAUUGUACACACUUGUAAAGUUCACAUACAUAAAUUUUGUUUACACUUUGCAAACUUAGAUAUACUUAUGUAAAGGGGCAUUCAUUUUAGUUAUUUCUAGAUUCAUUUGCAUUUAAAUCUAAGUUGAGCUUCAAAGAGACUUCCAGCAUUUUUUUUUAUAUAAAUAUAAUUGUUCUUGCCUUCUUGCCAUAUUUUUGGCUUAACUCUUUGGCUCCGCAACAACGACAGGACGUUGAUUUUAAAAAAGGGGAAAAGAGUCGGACCAACGCUGGGGGCAUCGGCUAUUUAAAAUUUAUUUUUUCGUUUCUAUUUUUCCAAUUCAUGUUUUUUAUUGUUUAAUUUUUUAUCUAGAAUAGUUUCCCUUUGCUAAACAUCCGGAAUUUCCUUCAUUUAACGUGUUUUUAUUUUGUACGAAGUUUGUCAAGAAAUGACAUUUAUUUUGUCUCUGUGCGUGUUUUUUUAACAUGGAGCUUCAACCAAGGCCACAUAAACUUUGUAGAUCUAAAUAUUUCUUUGAUGAAGAAGUAUAAUAAUUCAGAUGACAGUGAUUUUGUUUCAUCUGAUGGUGAUAUUGAUAAAUCUAAUUAUAUAGUCUAGAUCUAGUAAAUUAAUUUAUAGAUCUAGAAUCUAGGGCUAGGUCUAGUAAUGAUGAAGUUUAUCAGCUGAUGAAGCAGCUCCACCCCCAGCUAAUGUUCAAUGUAGAUCUAGAACUAGUUUAGCUGUCUCUAUAUCAUCUAGAUCUAAAUCUAAUCAGAUAGAGGUAGAUCUCUAGAUCUAUCAUUUAGGCACUGAAACAGAUCAAUUUCAGAUAAUAGUGAGCAAUAUAUUGUCAAGGUCUAUAUUUAGACAAGUCUGAAUAUAACUAUAGCUGUUUUAAAAGCCUAGUAACAUUUAUUGUGAUAGUAUGCAGUUUUUAUGUUACAUUUCUAGUGUGGUGCAAUGCGAUGAAAGUUACCAGCAUUUUAUACAAGCUUAUAUCAACUUACUCUGUCUGUCUGCAUGUCUUGUAAAAUGUUUGAAUAUGUUUUUUCUGCCAUGUCCCAUUCUCUGAUCAAGUUAAAACUUUGCACUACUAUUCAUUGAUCCUGAGAAGACAUGCAUAAAUCCAAAAAAUUAACCAAUUAGUUAAUUAAUUAUUUUUGAUGAAUUAUUUUUUUUUAUAUUGAAAUAAGGGAAAAAAUCUACAUAAUGAGAGAUGUGGAUGUAUAUAUGGAUUUAAUCCCCUUAUUAUGUUUUAAAAUGUUUUUUCUGCCACUUCCCCUUCCCGGAUCAAGUUGAAAUUUUGCAUAUCUAUUCAUAGUCGAUGACAACACAUGAAUCAAUCCAAAUAUUAACCGAUUAGUUAAUCAUUUAGUACUAAUUAAUUAAUUGUGUUUUAUAUAGCGGAAAGGAAGCUAAACCCUGUAAUUUUGAAAUAAGUGUCAGUAAUUAGCAGUUCUCUCUUAAAUAAGCUUUGCUUUUAAAAAGUAUUCUUUUUUCUAGUGCUUUUUAAAAUUUUAUUAUAAGAAAAGCUCUUCAUGUCUAAUUCAAAAUGAAAACAAACUUUGCUAAUCUUUGAGAGUCAAAACAGAAUUUGUAUAGCUCUUUUCAUUCUUUGUUCUGUAUCUAAAAAAAAAAGCUUAUAAAGUGAAAGUGCCAUCACUGCAAUGUAAAAGGCCAACCCAUAAAACUGAUUGUUUAUCAAGCUUUUUUUUUUUUUUGUUCUAAAGGUCUGAAAGUAUCUUUUUUAUAAACUUGAUAAAAUGUUGUUUGUAUUAAUAAUUAAAAAAAAAAAGGUUACCUCUCUUUGCUUAGGAGUUAGACACAACUUUUAAAAAUAGAAGUCUACUGGCUUGAAUGUCUAUUUUUGUUAAAAAUUACUUACAUUUAAACCUUGAACUUGUCAGUCAGGAAUUCUGCUUCAAGCUUUAAAAAUUUAAUUUGAAAUCAAUUUUAAUUUACACAAUCCUCAAUCUAUGCACUCCUUUCAUUCAUAUUUAACACUUAUAGUUAAACAGAAAAAGAUUAAAGAUAGGAUACUUAAAUGCUAGUUUAUAAAAGGAAUAAUUCAGCAAACUUUACUUUUAAAAUAAAUGAAUAAAUAAAUGAAUGAAAGAAUAUUGUUAAAAAGACAACAUUAAAAAUACUUUAAAAAAAAAACAAAGCUUAUAUUAAGUGUAAUUGUAUCAAUUAGUUUGGAUCAGACAUAUAAUUAUAUGUAUAGUUAACCUAGACAAAAUAAAUCUGCAUGAUUAGAAAUAUUUUUACUAAUUGUUUUUGUUUAGCUUUUAGCUUUUUCAAUUUGCUGUAAUCCUAUCACUUGUCUUACUAGUUGUGAAAGGGGGAGGGAAGAAGGGGGUAUUUUGGUGAAUGUUUACAUGAUCGUUUUUUAAAUGCAUAAAGAUGAGUCCUCAAAGGGACUAAUUCAUCUUAUACCAGCACAUCUGUCAAGUAGGAUUUAUUUUCCUUGUUUAAGAUACCAAACAAAAUAAUAAAUUACCAAUAGUUACUUCAAUAAUUGGUUAAUUUUUUUUUAUUGAUUCUUGUGUUGGCAGGUAAAAGAAAUAAUUUUGCGAAAUUUUAGCUUGAUAACAAGUACAAACUUUUUACCAUACAGACAGGUACACAGACUGAGUGAGUUGAUAUAAGCUUUGUAAAAAAAACAAAAGUUUCUGCAGCACACAUUGAUGGCAUUUAAUAAAGUUUCUCCUAUUUGUAUGUUUCCUGCUAAUCUUAUAAUUUUUUAAAGCUAACUUAUGUAUGACAUGUUAGACUUAGGAACAUUUAUUUAUGAGGAAUUGUUUGAAAGUUACAAGACAUUUUUUCUAAUAAAUGUUCACUGCUCUGCUAUUGCACAUAUUAUGGAUAAGCCACUUUUAUGAAUCCCACUUCGGUGGCAAAAAUCAAUGGCUUACUAUCAAGGGAGGCUCGAGCUCGAAUCCCAAUUUGAGCUAAGUUGUGUUUGUUGAAUUCCUAAAGGCAGCACUGAAACUUCUAGAAUCCUCUCCAUCCAUUGGUUUAAAAAAAAGAGAUUGAACCAUAGAUAUAAACAUGAAAGUUGCAAUAAUUUUUUAAAUAUUCAAAACAAACAAAAAAAGAUUUUAAAAAAUAUACUGACCUUCAGGAAAACCUCUUUCCUUUGUUUAAACAUUUUUGAUUAACCAUCACCUUAUAAAGGUUUAAGCUACACAAAGAAUGAAAUUAUUGAAAUUUUUUCUCUUUUUGUCAAAGAUUUUCAAUAGUUAUGAUUUUUUUAAUAUAAAUUAAUAAAAGCUUUGUGUGGUAUAUUUUUUUUUUUUUAAAGUUUUUCUAUGAUCAAUAAGUUUUGUUCUCCUUUUACUAUUUUCUAUUCUUUUGUUAUGUUGCGGCAAUUUGUAUAAAUAUUUUGAUUUUCUUUUAAAAUACCUCUUACGAAGUUUCAGUCCAUAUAUGACCUGAUAAAAUCUUUAGCUGGACUGUUAAACUUGUUUGUGUAAAUCUGACUGGACACACUCCUUACAAUUAUAAAACAUUUCAAGAGAAAAAAAUUGAAUGAGAAAUCUUAGACUACAGCUUCAUGAAGGAUGAAUUGAUUUUAAGAAAUUAUUAUGUUACUUGUUAUUUGGUAUCUAUUACUGUUGCAUGAGUGUAACUGUGAAGAAGAUAAUAAGAUUAUCUAGCGUUAUGUUACUCUAUCAAACCUGGGCAUUUCUCAACUGACAUUCCAUUUCUUUUGUUGUUAUACUUUUAUAAAAUGUAUCAAUUACAUUUUUUUCUUUUUUAAAUUAUAUAACUCCAAUACUUGUUUCAAUAACUCCUUUAAAAACUGCUAUGCUCUUAUCCUUGUAAUAAUGGUAUGUUUUUUUCAUGUCCAUGUGAAAUGUUGUGGUCAUCCUUAAUCUCAAAAUCGCAUUGCUUUUAUUAAUGUUGUGGUUAAUGCCUGGAGGCCAAAAAAAAAAAGAGUUGAGAUUGUUUUGUUCACAUUCACUCAUGUAUUUGAUUAUUCUUCUCCUAUAUUUAUUCCAGCCCCAGUUUGACAAAACACUUUUAUCAAAUCACUCUGUACCUCUCUUCUUCUCUUGCAUGUUUAGAUGUUUGCAAUUGAAUUUUUGACAAACUUUUGUCUGAAUCAACCAAUUAGUUUAUUAAUCAGUGAUAAUUAAUUCAUUUUGUUUUAUACACAAAAUGUACUACACUAACCUAUAUAGUAAUAUUGUUUUCUAUAUUAACUCACUACUGUAUCAGUGCAUUUUAAUUAACUUUUUAAAAAAAUUUUUAAUGUGAUUUAUUAUCUUUAUUAUCUUGAAUGCUGUUAUAGUAGGCCUAUAGUAAAGUUCCCUUUUCAGACCUUGUGGUCUUUAGGGCAGAUGCCUCUGAGUCCACCCAGCUCUAAUGGGAACUUGACAUUAGCUAUGGAAAAGUAAAGGGAGUUGGUUGUUGUGCUGGCCACAUGACACCCACAUUAACCUUAGGCCACAGAUUUUUAUAUCAUUUUUCCAAAAAUUUUCAAUAUUUCUUGUUAAUGUUUUCAAGACACUGAAAUAUGUUAUCAGUAUUAUUGAUAACCUUUUAAACAGUUUUUUAUGCUCCUGCCAUUGUGGGUGCUAAGUUUGUUAUUGUUUAAAAAGUUUUUUGCGCUUCAAUUAAUGGAUCAAAAGUACUGCUCCUGUUCAUGAAUUGAAAUAAAUAGAGAAAACACA